AUGGCUAGUACACCCCUGUAUACCCUUCUCUGUUUGGGAACUGCCUGUGUGCUAUUCUUUCUAUCUGGGGAAUUGUCCGUGAAUGACGUAUCGGGAAGAAAUGGAUCGCCAAACUGGAGCUCGGUCUCUACUAGUGGGUGCCAACUUACCUUUACCAGCCGUGGUGUCAAAGCUAGCUGUAAAGAACUUAGCCUUCAUUCUGUUCCUAAAGGUCUUCCAUACAACACAAUAGUGCUUGAUCUCUCUGAAAACAUGAUUGAAACCCUCUCGAAUAAAUCUUUCACCUAUCUUCCAGAUAUCAUCAAACUUGAACUGCCAUUCAAUGACAUGACUUUUAUAGAAGAUGGUACCUUUAAGCCUCUGGUUAAUCUCACAGAAUUAAAUCUGGAAGACCAGCUGAUUGAAAUAGAUUUAUCAGAUAAUAAUUUAAUAUAUUUACCUGAAGGCAUGUUCUUCUGUAAUAAAGUCUUACAAAAAUUAAGACUUAAUCGCAAUAAGAUACAAAGCUGGUCUGGAAGUACAAUUUCUAAUCUAUGCUCUUUGAAUCACUUAAACCUAUCUGGUAACAAAAUAUACAAUAUUGAUAAUGGUACCCAAACACUUCCCUCACUGGAAUAUCUAGAUCUUUCUUUCAACAAAAUUUUACAUUUACACAUUUUUUUCCUACAAAUUUAUACUAAUCUCAAAAUACUGCGCAUGUCCAACAAUGGUUUGAUAUGGAUUUUUCCUAAUACCUUAUCAGGACUAACCAACCUAAAAGAGCUCUACCUCACCAAUGAACACUUGAUCCAAUAUACCAAACCUUUCCAAGACAUGAGUAAUCUUCGCAUAUUGGACUUAUCAUCUGCAAUACAGGACAUGACUUCUGAUGCCACGCUGUUUACAAAUUUAACAUCUCUUAAGAGACUGUUUUUAUGUAAAAACAACUUACAGAGCAGACAUUUAUUUGACACUUUGACUUCUCGAUCCCUAUUUACAAAUCUUGAAACUUUGUUGACACUGGACUUGAGAGAGAAUGACCUGGAUAUGUUAGCACCAGGAACUUUCAACCCCCUCAAAAAACUUGAGAUACUGCUGCUUUCUCAGUCAUCAGUAAAAGUGUUGUUUACUGGUGUUUUUGAAGGUUUGACUUCUCUUAAAGCAUUGGAUCUCAGUGACAAUUAUAUCUCAUCAAUUUCUGAUGAUGUAUUUCCAAUACAAUCUCAGCUUAGUGUUUUGAACAUGAGCAAUAACAAUCUUGGAAUUAUUUCCAUGACCCUAUUCAAUAUAAACCCAGAUUUUCAAAGUCUUUACAUUCAACAAAACAAAAUAACUACAAUAAAACGAGGGACAAUAUUUCCCAAGAAUUUCACAAUAGAUGCCUCAAGAAAUCCUUUAGGCUGCACUUGUGACUUGCGUUGGUUUGUGAAGUGGCUACGCCUCAGCAACGUUGAAGUCAUCCAUCCAAAUGAUACACUUUGCUCACAAUCUUCCAUCAAAGACAUGGUAGAAUCACCAAUCCUGUCAUUCAAUCCAGAUAAAUACUGUGGCAUCAACAUCCUUCUUAUCACAAGUGUGUCUUUGACAGGUAUUCUGGUUGUAGCACUUUCUUUGUUGGCAUACUGGAAGCAAUGGUGGUUCAACUACAAGGCGUUCCUUCUUCGACUUGCCAUUUGCGGCUACAAGGAGGUGGUCCAGGACUUUAAGGACCACGACUACGAGUACCAGCUCAAUUUAAUGUUCCAAGAGGAAGACCAGGAAUGGGUGGAUGACAUCAUGAAGCCAGUUCUUCAGGAAAGGUUUCCUCAUCUGGAGAGAGUGGUCUUUGGUGACAACGACCUCCACCUUGGAAUGUUCUACAUAAACGCUCUCCAUUAUGCUGUUGAGAACAGCUUCAAGACUGUUCUCUUGUUAAGCAACAACUCUGUACGUGAAGCCUGGUUUAUUACCAAGGUACGUAUAGCCCUAGAGGAACUCAACGACAGCAGACUGGACAAGGUCAUACUGUUUUUCCUUGAGGAUAUUGACGAUGAUGAUCUCCCAUACCUGGUUAGGUUGUUCCUGAGUAAGAACAAACCUUACAUGCUGUGGACAGAUGAUGAGGAUGGUCAAGAACUAUUCUGGGCACAGUUUGAGAAAAGCAUGAGGUCCAAUAAGGAACUCAAUAGUGUUAUCCCUGUUUAAUCACAUGACCUGUCACAUGUAUCUCCUAAAUGUUGGCCUACUUUAAUAUUUUUCACUGAUGAAUUAAAUCACUGGUAACUGAAUGAUCAUAAGGGUCUUUUCCGGACCCCAUGGUCGCACAUGACACAACUUUGAUUUCGACUUGGCCCUGAUCAAAGCGUAUCCAAAGUCAACUCGGUCGUUCUUAGGACCCAUUUAGAGAUUGAAAGAGCCACAAAUAGUGUCAAAAUAUCUGGUCUAAGGAGCCUAGAAAACUCCUUCAACCAAUGCAUUGAGGUGUUUCAGGGACAAAUGAAAUAUGCAUUUGACUUGAAGAGUAUAAAUUGAAAAUGGAAAACAAUUAAUUUGUUGUUUCAGACUAAAAUUAAAUGUUAGCUUUCAGGCAAGACGGGUUGUAGAUAUCAAGCAGUAAAACAUGGCUGAAAAUAAUACGUAUAUGACUCACUUUGAAGAGUUGUAUGAUUUGUUCUUUAGCACCAGUUCAAUAAUGAACAAUUAUUUGCUGUGCAAGAAUUGCAGGAAAUGCAAGUUUUUUUAUGUACAGAGUAUUAAUGAGUAAUUCAAAUUGUAAAUAUGCUAGCAGCAGUGUUUAUGAUUCUCACGAUAAUAAAUCAACAUUGGGGUUGUAGCAUGGUAGUCACAUCACUGCAAACCUCUGAAAUUUGGCAGUCGUUCACAACAUGGUUAUUUGUGUCGUUAUCGCUUUAUGUAUAUAUCUACUGCAGAUAAUGUAUUAUUGUAUUGAUAUUUAUCAUCAUUGUAUGUUACUAUUAAAGUAGAUUUGAUCCAACGGCUUACCCAAUGGGUGGGGCGUGCCAUCUAAAUUGUCAUGCUACGUUGCACAUGAUUUUUAAUAGAGACAAGUUAUAACACCAAUACACUAUUCUAGUAUUAUGAAUGUAAAUCAAUAUCUAAGAAGAGCUGUGUUCAUACCUGGGCCCUGUUGCAUAAAACUUACUAUUAUGGUAACUACCAU